UUUUUUGAAUAGUGCUCAGAUGACUAGAAAACAUACAUUCACACCGAAACAGCAAAAUCUAGCGCAAAGAAAUAAAAUUAUCUAUACUAGCUCGUGAGAAAGGCACUGAAGAUUUUAAAGCCACGUUGCAUGCCUUGACAAUUAUUUGUAAUUAAGCGUUACAAUCCAAAAGUCCUAAACAAAGGAUAUACUUUGUCCCUGUACAGAGUCUGAUUCCACUAGCGUUCAAUUUAGACACAAAGUUCGCUGGCUAACUUUGUAAAAAACGAUUUCAGAGUCGAGUAACUGUCAAAAGUAUCCAAUCACGGGUGCCAACGUAUUCGUUGUAGUAUUGGCGUCAACCGUAAUUGAACUCAGCAAGUCCCUUUUCAAAAGUCAAUGUUAAGUGCUAAGCUGCGAUUUCUACGUGGAUUGGCUCCUGUCAGCUUUGAUGACUCAAUUCUACAAUGUUCUACGUUCCAAAAUAAGUAUGAAGUACCAAAAAGCUUCCAGUCAGGUUUCAUUACCUCAGAAAAGCCAUAUUCUCAACAUUUUCCGCACUUACACGAAGCAUAUCUCAACAGAUUUCCAUCCACUGUGGUUAAUCCUGGUGUUACCCAAUUAGUCUCUUGUAAGGGCUCUAAUUUUGUUUGUCGUAACAAGCCCAUAGAGACAAAAAAUCAAAGUUGUCAGACUGAAGUACUUGAUACCGAACCAAACUUCAAAAUUUUAUCUACAACAGUAGAUCAAAUCUUCCACAAGUUAAACUGUCAUGCACUGAAAUCUAUUUCAGAAAGCAAGAUAAAACGCUUCCCCAAAUUGUGGUUGGAUUUGGGUGAAUUAAAUUAUUCACCAGCGCAGUAUAAUCUAGGUGUUUGGUAUGAAAUACAGGCAUCUAAGUGUAUAUCACGUCAAGAUGAUUUAAAGCGACAUUAUAACAAACAAGCAAUUCAUUGGUACAGUUGUGCUGUUCGAAAAGAUUCCCAUCCACUGGCUGCCUACAAUUUAGCUUGUCUUAUUUUGGAUUCUGAAGAGCCCACAAUCCAUUCAAACUCAUCAGAUAAGUCCUCCACAUUUACAGUCACAUAUCUAAUGAAACUUGCUGCUGAUGCUAACGUCAAGCAGGCAAAGAAAUACUUAUCGGAACAAUGUAUUACAGAGAAAUAGUUGGUUGGUCGGUCGGUUGAAAUUCUUUUUGUCCCAUAGUUAUUUUUAUCCCGAAAGCAUUUAAUAAGAAAAACUGCAUUUCAUGACAACCUUUCAAUGAUAGUCUUUUUACUUCAGUAUUUUUCAUAUACCUACCUUACUAUUAUUUCGAAAUGUCAAUAAAAUAUAAUUAGUGAAGAAA